AAAAGAAGUGCUUAAUUCUUUCAAAUGCUACGAAGGCCGAAAAUUCCGAUCCUCCCCCAUCAUUAUGCUUCUGUACUGAAAUCUUGCAUCUCUCAAAAAUCCAUAGAACCGGGAAAACAAAUCCACGCGCGCUUAUGCCUUAACGGCGUCGUCUUGUCCAACGUCAAUUUAGCCACACAGCUCGUCAAUCUCUACACCGUCUGCAAAUUUCUAAGGCACGCCCACCACCUGUUCGAUAAAAUUCCCAGCCCAAAUAUUUUCCUCUGGAACAUUCUGAUUCGUGGGUAUGCCUGGAACGGGCCGCACGAAGCCGCAAUUUCUUUAUACCGUCAACUUAUCGAUCAAGAACUCGUCCCCGACAAGUUCACGUUCCCCUUUGCGCUGAAAGCCUGCUCGGCCCUUUCGGAAAUCGACGUGGGUAGAGAAAUCCACGAGCGAGUGAAGAAAACAGGGUUGGAAACAGAUGUUUUCGUAGGUGCUGCGCUGAUCGAUAUGUACGCAAAAUGUGGCUGCGUUAGCGAGUCCCGCCAAGUGUUCGACAAAAUCGCGGAUAAGGAUGUCGUGCUGUGGAAUUCAAUGCUUGCUGCUUAUUCUCAAAACGGGCAUCCAGAGGAGUGUUUGAAACUAUGCAGUGAAAUGGCGUCGAGAGGUUAUCUUAAACCCACGGAAGCUACUUUAGUUACAGCUAUAUCAGCUUCGGCCGAUUCAUCGGCAGUUAUUCAAGGACGAGAGCUUCACGGGUACAGCUGGCGGAUAGGGUUUAAAUUCAACGACAAGGUCAACACAGGCCUUAUUGAUAUGUAUGCCAAGAGUGGCAACGUUGAAGCUGCGAGGGUCUUAUUCGAGGGCUUAUCCGAAAAGAGGCUGGUUUCUUGGAACGCAAUGAUCACAGGCUACGCAAUGCACGGUCACGCGCACGAAGCUCUCCAUCUGUUCGACAAAAUGUCCGAAAGAAUCCAGCCCGAUGAAAUAACCUUCGUGGGGGUUCUAUCAGCUUGCAAUCACGGAGGAUUGAUAGAUGAAGGGCGUAUGUACUUCGACUCGAUGAUUAACAACUAUGGUAUAAAACCGAAUAUUCAGCACUACACGUGCAUGGUCGAUCUUCUUGGCCAUUCCAACCGUUUAGACGAAGCCUAUAGUUUGGCAAUGAAUAUGAAUGUGGCGCCCGAUUGUGGCGUGUGGGGUGCGUUGCUCAACUCGUGCAAGAUUCACAAGAAUGUGGAGAUGGGGGAGAUUGCUUUCGAGAGAUUGAUCGAGAUGGGUCGCGAAUGUUCCGGAAGCUACGUGAUUAUGUCGAAUAUUUACGCUCAAGCCGGAAAAUGGGAAGGGGUUGCAAAGGUGAGGAAAUCGAUGCGCGAGACGAAAUCGAUUAAGAAAAGCGUCGGGUGUAGUUGGGUUGAGGUGAGAGGGAAAGUGCAUGCUUUUUCAUGCGGCGAUAAUAGCAAUACUUCUCAUCCGAUGUGGGACGACAUUUCUGCCGAAUUGAAUGAAUUGGGUGGUUUAAUCGCGGCUGCGGGUUACGUUGCGAAUGUUUCGCCGGUUUUUUACGACGUCGAGAGCGACGAGAAGGCGGAGAUGAUGAGGUGGCAUAGUGAGAGGGUGGCGGUUGCUUUUGGAUUGAUUAGCACUCCGGCCAGGAGCAAGCUUCUUAUUACCAAAAAUUUAAGAAUUUGCGAGGACUGCCACGUGGCGGUCAAGAUUGUUUCUAGGGUUAAGGAGAGAGAAAUUGUUGUUAGGGAUGUGAACAGGUAUCAUCGGUUUGUCUGUGGUGUGUGUUCUUGCGGUGAUUUUUGGUGAAAACAUUUUUUUUUAAUAUUAAAAAUUAUGAUUAGAGAAAUAAA